UAUAUUUUAAUUUAUGUCAACAUAUAGGGGAACAUUUGAACACGAUUCCUUUUUAGGAUGGUUGAACCUAUUCAAGAUUAGAAGAUUACAGGUACUCUAUAAUGUUGGUGAAAGACCACCAUAUCCAGUAAUAAUUAGUAAACCUACAGUUGGUGAAGUAAAUUUAUAUCUAAUAUUAAAAAGGUAUUAAAGAAUUUGAAUAAGGCAGAUUUUGGUCUGUUCGCAACAGUGACAGUUUUAGGUUUCUUUGCAAGUAGAAGAGCAACUUUGGGAUUAACAACUACUGAAUAUAUGAGAUAAAGAGGAUUUUCAAUAGCUUGGAAUUCAUUUAUGAUGGCAGGAGUUCUAUUUGCUUGCAUGAAUAGUAAUAAUAGAUUGACUGUAUAUUUAUAUUAAUUAUUUAGGGCUUUGUGGACAAUGGAUUGUAAUGGAGAAGAAAAGAAUAAAGAUUAGUCAAAUAUGAUUUCACAUCAGAAUUCGAAGAAGGGACUAUCUGGAAAUUCUUCAGAUUAAGAUGAAAUAAAAUCAUAUAUCAAAUGCAUAUAUUUUCAUUAUUAUUUUAUAG